AUGACACGCAAGAAGGCUCGACGCAGUUUUGCGUCAAAUGAUUUUUUCCGUCUGCUAGGUCUGAAGCAGGAGUUACAAAGUGACUCGAAAGUGAUUAAAGUCAUUGUGGACGAAGUUGGCGUACUUCGCUUGUGCCGUUCGUUGGGCAUGUCUACGUCUAGUAGAGGUGAUGGAGCUGCGUUCGAGCUCGGCAAAUUUGACCCCAGCGAGUUUGACGCUGACUUCGGACGUUUCAUUCGUGACAAACUUGUAACUCAAGGCAAUUGCGAUGGACACCACGAUAGUGAUCAUCAAGCAAAUGAUGGACAGUUUGAGGUAGGCUGUUUGUUCGGUAAACAGGUAGAAGUGAAGGCUGAGCUUGAUCGAAUGGGAUAUUGGAGUCGAGAUUGUGAAAAUCUUAUCACCGAUCAAGAUCAGGGUGUCUAUUGUCUUGAGUGCGGCAACCAAUCUACAGACGGACGUCGGUUCCUUGUGUUCUCGUGGCUUCGUGCGAACCUUUUUGGACCUGAAACGAUACGCGAAACCCCUGCGUACGUGCUUCGGUUUUUGCUGUCUGUCAGCUCAAACAUCACGUGCUGCCUAUCUCGCAACGAUUAUGAAUGUGUUAAACAUGUGACAGACGCUGGGCUUGACAGUGCAAGCAUGCGAUGGCAAUCGUGCUCGGUUCAAUUCCAAGUAAAACAACAUAUGGAGCAGAGUGACUGUAUUUGCUAUACCGGGCCGGUGAAGGCAAUUGUCCCUCACGCUGAUAGCAUUAAGACUAUUCAGAUUGUCAGUGGGGUGUUCCCGGCCAUUGCGGUCGAAAGUGCUACACCAUCAGUUACAGAGUGGGUCUCUCAAGAUGAGAUAUUGAGCUGUGUGACGUUUGCAGACUGGCUAUUAGAAAAGCAUGCGGAUCAUGCGGUAGAGCUCGUAAAUGGAGAUUUACUGCCUGUGACCGUGCGCGAUUGUGUGCUCAUAAAGUUCGGCUAUUUUCCGCAGUCCUGCCUCGAUGAGUUGCAAGUGCGACUGGAUGGAGAAAUAGCAGGAGCAAAACAAUCAGUUGAUGAACAUGUGGAGUGUUUCGUCCAAGAGAUGUACAUUACAACUGUCGAAUACAGUCGACUGCUGUUUGCGAUCCCAUGCCCCCCAGACGACUUAGAGCAUCAAUUAGCUCGUCAACAUUACGACCAUCUCUUGGAACAGCUGAACAGAUAUAAGGUGAUGAACGGACUUAACGAUCAGAUAUGCACAGCACUCACGUUGCCCGGUAGGUUGCAAAGCAAUCUAGAGCUGCUAGCUGACGUAUUCGAACACAGGCCUGCAGCUCUUGAGGAAGUGGUCGAAGGCAUUGAAACCGACAGUAUGGCUGCUGUUUCCAUUAGCAAUCAAAGUUGGCUCUCUGGGUACACCCAAUCUGUCUGGAGUUUUAUCGGGAGGGCAUGGCCUGGUACGCCGAAGUUCAAACCCAAAUUUCGGCGCGCGAUGGAGCGGCAUCAGCUAAGGCUGCAAAACCAUUUUCUCGAAGCGUUGCCACGUGUUAUGCCCAUACUGUCGUCUGCGAUGCAAACGGAAAAUCUUCGGCAACGUGCAGCGGAACUACGAACACAAUUGUAUCAGGCGCAAGCUGGUACAAAGAAUGCAGCUUUUGAACAGCUACGCAUACGCCUGUUGACCUCUGUUGGUCGACAGCUGCGGUCAAGAAUUACCAUUCGAAAACUGACCUUUAACAAAGCUAAAGUUGACGUCGAAUGGAGAAAGGAAGUGGAGAAAGUGCCUUCAAAGGUCAUCCGUCUGUACGACAUAUCCAGUAGCAGCCUUACUGGAAUGGCGUUGCUUGGGACUGCUGAAUUUGAUCCCGGCAUGGAGCUGAUAAAGAUAGCAACGGUCAAGACGAGUCAGGUUGUCGCGAUUCUUGUCAAAGAUUGUAGUACAGUCGUUCGACGCAUUCAGUUCGACGUUCAAGCGGACCGAUCAGGAGAAGUAAGGGUUGAACAACACGACGUGCGGACGUUUCCGCAUGCUUGCUCACUCUGUUCUAUACGUGCUCAAGAUCGACGAGUUGCGUUCGUGUUUGGUGAGAAUCUCGGCAAAGCUGCCGUGUGCCGCUUUAACGACGCAUUCACGAGAAUCGAUGUGAUGCGAAAUAUUGAGUUGGACACGUCAUUCAGUUUGACAGCCCCCCUGAUGGACAUUCUCUUGACGGAAAGACUAAUCUAUGCUGUUGACGUCAAAGGUGACGUACAGUCGUAUGAUGUGCGAUCGCAUCAAACGUCAAAGAAGACCUCACUUGGUAAGGGUGAGUGGAUAGGUGGCUUGAUGAACUUCGCAGACGAGCUUGUCGUCGGGCGAGCGAGUGUCCAGAAGGACCGUACCAUCCUUGUAAAUUUCAUUUCCAGUGAUGAUCACCGAGAGUUGCCCAACGUGAUUAUGUCUGGAGUUGAGGCGUCAACAGGACUCGGGGUUGAGGCAUCAACAGGACUUGGAGUGGGCUGCGCUGGCAACGAGGGAGAGAUCUCUGCAUACGAGUUGAAUGUCACCGUCCGGAGUGAUGCUUUUCGAAUUCAGCGAUCUGGCAACGGGUUUAGACCCACUCCAAAAGGGCGUGUAGCAGGCAAACACGCGUCAGAUGACGCAUCGGAACACUGGUUGCGGGUGUUUUAUCACGUGUUCGAGAAGUUUCCGGUACGGUGUUUGGUUGAUCAGGCCUUGCUCCGACAGGACUCGUUUCCUUUGGACAUCGGAAUUAUUGUGUCCCCGCCUGCUGAUACGCAGGACAGAGACGAUAUCGUUGCGGUCUGCAAAAAGUAUUUUCACAAGGUGAUGGUCGAUAUUCGACGGCUCAACAAACCGCUUUUUGGACUAGACCUGACGAAGAGCGUUAUGUGCAGACAUGCGUAUCAGACAAGACCAGUUCGUCAAGUGCUGACAGCCAUCGUCUCAUUCGUACCAGUUCAAAUCUGCCGUGCAGAAGAUAAUUUGCUGAAUCUGUUGCAAGACGGAAAAAGUGCCACCGAUGCGGCAAAGAGCAAAAGCGGGAAUGCGCCAUCCGGAAGUAAUGCAGCUGAGAUUGCUCAGUCGAUUCGCUUUGGUUUGCUGUCACCACUUGUGGAGUCUUGGAAUGGACGUUGCGUGGUCGUUACGUCCAUGGGAAAACAGUCGACGGGAAAGAGCUAUUUUCUCAAUCACCUCACAGGGACUACGUUUGCGAUUGCGGGGUCUCGUUGCACAGACGGGGUAUGGAUGUCAGUGCGUUUUCUGUCGAGUGAUAUCCUUCUUGUCGUUUUGGAUUUCGAAGGUCUGGGUUCAUUCGAAAGAUCAGAGCAAGAAGAUGUUUUUCUCUCUGUACUCAAUGCUUCGGUGUCGCAGCUUACUGUGUUCCGUAUGGACAGUCGCUUUGACAAAGAUGUUGACAGCUUGUUCUCUCGUUUUCAGAAGGGGGUACAGCUACUGAAGAAGGAUCCAAAGCUUUUCCGGGGACUCUUGCUGAUGAGCGUUAAGGACGUGAACAUGAACGAUCGUCAGGGAGUUGUUGACGAGCUUUCUGUCAAGCUCGAUCUGAUUUUUGAAGCCAACAAGGCCCAGAAUUUCCUGACGGAGAUGUAUGCUGGUCAGCUGGUGAUCAAUUGCACCCCACCUUUUGGUACUGUAGAGUAUUAUCAGAGCAUGGAAAACGACGUACUGGAAACGCUGUGCCAGAUUGUGAGCCUUUCAAAUCGACCGCUGGCGGGCUUUGCUACAGGAAAGGUUUUUCUGGACUGCCUCCGGUUGGUACUGUCGAAAAUCUCGAUUUUGGACUGGACCAGCAUGGGAACAGAUACGGAACAUUUGCUGAUCGUGGAUGCAGAAGCAAAGCUGCCAGGAAUUCUACGAACGGGAUGUCAUGUUGCACAAUCUUUAGUGACAAGCGCGUCAAUUCCGUUCCAUUUGAAAGAGGAUGUCGUUCGCAUUGGAUCAAGCGAAAAGAUUGUAAUAUUGAUGGAGGAUGCAUGCCAAGCGUAUCCUGAAUUUGCUCCAAUGUGGCGAAGCGUAAACGAUUUGGUGGCCUUGGACGACAUCAAGGAUGAAUCGUUGGAUUUCGGAUUCGACGUGACUAUGCCUGGUGGCACAAAUUCUAGUACCAUCCAGAGGGCUUUGGUGCUACGUUUCCAGCAUUUCUUGACCCUCCGAGGCAAAAAGUACGACAGUUCCAAACUAUCUAUUGGUGACCAGCUUGCUUUUGACACUUUUUUGGGAUUUACACUGCGCCGGCGUACAAUGAAGGUGGAGCGAUGGUUGAAAGAUCUGCUGGAUGAUGAAUCGGCUAAGGCACGGGCCCAAUUGGAACAGCGUUAUAUAGCCCCAUUUAAGUUGAGGUUCGCUCGUUGCCAGCACAGGUGCGCCAGCUGCCAGCUUGGGUGCAUGCGGUCCGUGAUACACACAGCCGAGAGUCAACAUGAUUGCAGUACGAAGCACAAAUGCCUGGGGUUCUGUGAGUAUGACGAAUGCACAGCUGGACCAGAAGAGGCGCCCGCGUGUUCUCGUUGUGCAGGCCACGAAGGAAAGUGCGAAUGUAGGAAGGGAGACCACAGCUGUGGACAGAAGUGUACGUUGGCUCGAGCUCCGAACUGUGACAAAACUUGCUCGUUGUUAGCGGAUCACCUUGGUGACCAUCGUUGUUCCGUGCAAGUGCACGUUUGUGGUGCUAUCUGCUCAGCUGCAACAUGCAAAAGCAUUUGUCUGCUUGACAUUCAGCGGAAGCAUUCAAUUCACAAGUGUGCCGAGGUGCGAUGUCUCCAUCCAUGCCUAAUGAAGUCGUGUGAAGCAUUGUGUUGCGAGAAGAAUCAUUUCCAUGGGCAAGCGACUGAAUCUCGGGCCUUCGCUAUCGAAAGUGGAAUGUCACAUGUAGCAGAUGUCAGUGAGGGCUCUGAUGAAGCCGUCGUUCCUGCACAAGUCACGCACAUUUGCGACAGAAACCAUGUAUGUGGUGAAAUGUGUACGUUGGAUGGAAUUUGUGAGCAAAAGGUUCACAUCAAGAAGUCAUCUCGAACGUUUAAAGGAUCACGGGGAUCUUUCGAGUAUAUUCACCAAGAGAUGAACGGCAGCAAAAAGCGCUGUAAGCAUGUCAUAGCUGCUGGUAAGAAAGACCACGAGGGUUUCGAGCAUUCUUGUGCGGCCCAAAGUUUGGACGAUGAAAACGGAGAAGACAUACUUCACUUCUGUGAUGUGCGUUGCCCGUGCUGCAGUUAUUACUGUAACAAAGACGUUGGCCACAUGGGCCUUCAUGACACCUCACACGGUAACAUGCGCUCGACCUACUUUUUAGCCAAAGAUACUGAUAUUGAAGUCAGAGAGCGCAAGUACAAAGUUGGCGAGUCGGGAACCGCCGAGAUGUGCAAUCUGUUUUGUGCAAAAAUGGGUCGUGGCCAUGUGCACUACUUGUCGUGCGAGGGCUCCGCUGAUGAGAGGUGUGUUUAUGCUGGGGGAGGCGCUAGCAUUGUCAGCCAAGACCAGCGUCGCCACUGUACAGGCACGCUGUACCCAGUGCCAGAGCGAGCGAUGGACGAAUUGCUGCAUGCAAAGUUUUGGUCCACAAUAGGGUGGGCGGACCCGUGUAACGACAACGAGCGAGCUCUGUUUGCAAUGUGUCGCUUCCAGUGCAAUGCGCCUGAACACGAGGAAGAAGGGAAGCUACCUUCGUACUGUGUUCUGGAGGCUUGGCACCAGCCGGAAAUACGACCAGAAGAGGGUGAUGAGAAGUUUGCUUACAUCGACGGCCACAAGUUUGAGUGCGUGCACGCUGUUGAUUCGGGCAGGUUCCACAAUGUCUUCGUUCUUGACAGUUCGGGGUCGAUGAGUGGCCAGCCGUGGCAAGAUUUGCUGUACGCGUGCAACGAAUUUGUCACUAGCCGACUGAAGGAUGGCGGGAAAGACGAUUUGGUCUCUUUCGUCACGUUUGACCAUGAGAGUCGCAUCUUCUGUGAGAAGGUGCCGUUACACGAGUCGAAUGUGAUGGAUGUGCCCUUCUCGGGCGGGGGCACUAGUUUUGAGCAGGGCUUGCGCGCUGCCAAUGAAGUGUUGUCCCGAAAUGAUUUCAAGGAGUACAAGGCUACUUUGAUCUUCUUUUCGGAUGGCCAACCAUGGGACUUCCACCCGGGGGUUACGCUUGCUAAGCACAUCCACUCGAUGUACGCAAAAUACGACUUGAAGGCAUUUGUUGUGGGGUUCGGCAGGAUGAACUUGUCGGUGCUACAACGCGUAGCGGACGGGAUGGGUGGCGAGUAUCGAUUGGCGUUGGACUCCGAUACGCUGCGGACGGAAUUCAACCGAAUCGUUGCUGUGCUUUGCGGUAACGAGGCGAGUCUUGCGCUGCAGGAGCCAAAAGUUGACGGCGGGUGA